AUGCGCACCUGCCGCAUCAGCCCGCGCUCCCUGGGUACCAAAAUCUUAUUCCUUGCCGGCCUUGCAAUAUGGACAAUCAUUGGCGCUUUGCUCGAUGUGGUAGAGCGGGAAUCUGUAAACUACGUAGAUGAUCCUUGGUAUGACUGGAUGGAUAAGAAAAGGUACCGCCCUCUGCCCGGCCGCAACGUUACUUACGCCAAAAUUCAGACAGAUCAGGAGGAGCUGAAUGUAUUUAUCAGACGACGUGGACUCCCCCGCGUGGACGCCCAAACGCCUGGUGGAGCUGCUGGAGGAGUCGUCGAGCACCUGCAGGAAGAUGACGGACCUCGGGGGAUUCUACAGCUGCAAGGACUGUCAGACUUGCCACGUCGACGGAAACAAAUACAUCUGUUUCGAUCCGGACGUAAGCCCCACCCCGGCGACUGCCUCAUCUACUCCUUCGGCGUCGGAGGUGAGGUCAGCUGGGACACGGCGAUGGUUCACCUCAACUGCUCCGUCUUCGCGUUUGACAUGACCUCCAAGACCUGGGAUAACGGCAUGCUGAUCGAGAACCUUCACUUCCUCGCCCUGGGUCUCGGUCCUGAUAACGUUGAUGCGGACAUCCAGAUGCACAACGCCACGCACCCCAACCGGAGGGACGAAAAGAAGUCCUUUUUCCGCACCCUGGAGACCGUGAGGGACUUCCUGGGCCACAGCGAGAGGGCCAUCGACGUUCUCAAGUUGGACAUCGAAUUCGCCGAGUGGGACUUCUUCGAGAGCCUCUUCCGCUCCCCGAGAAGUCGAGGAUUCUGCAGGAUGUCAGCAGAUUGCGUUGGAGAAAAAAGGGAAAAGAGGAGGAAGAGGAAAAGGUGGAAGGAUUCUGCAGGAUGUCAAGCAGAUUGCGUCCACCUCGACGACCUGAAGCAUGAAUCCGCAGCGAAGAGAGUGCGAGGUGGACAGCGUGUGGAGCGGAUCCUGGAGACUCUGCAAUCACACGGUUUCCACCUCGUCCACACGGAGCUCAACACGGCGUUCCAGGUAUUUGCGGACGUUCGAGGUGAAGUCCUGCCGCUGUUUAGGGAAUCGCUUUAUGUGCGGCGUCCCUGAGGUCUUCGUAGUUGUCAAGACACAGAGAGAAAUAGAGAGAGAAAGAGAGAGACAGACAGACAGACAGACAGACAGAAAGACAGACAGACAG